AUGGGGAAUGAUUGGGAAAUAGCUAGUGACUAUAAUCAAAGCCCAAAUGGUAGAAUAUGGAUUGGUUGGAAACCUCAACAAGUGGAAGUGAAGGCCUUAUGGCAAGGGCUAAGGAAUCUGAAUAACAAUAUAACUGAUCCAUGGAUUGUGCUAGGGGACUUCAAUGCUGUUCUUUCUGUGAACGAUAGACAAAAUGGUAUUCUAGUACAUCCAAAUGAAAUUAAGGAUUUCCAGGAGUGUAUUGAAGACAUAGGGCUUGGACAACUAAAAAGAACAGGGAGUUUAUUCUCAUGGAGUAAUAAGAGAGAUGCACAUAUCAGAAUCUACAGCUUUAUAGAUUGGGCCUUUGGGAAUUCAAAAUGGUUCGACAACUAUGGACAUUUGGAAGCAGUCUACCUUAACCCAGAAUGCUCAGACCACUCUCCUAUUAUUGUUAACACUGGGAGAAUAAGACAAAACCUUCCUAGGCCAUUUAGACUAAUAAACAUUCUUCUUCAGAAUGAGGAUUUUAAGGCAGUGAUCAAAACUACAUGGCAGUAUGAAGUUCCUGGGUACACUAUGUAUGGAAUAUGCAAAAAGCUCAAACUUAUUGAGCUAAACACAAGACACCUCCAGAAAGAGGUAUCCAAUUUGGAAUGGAAGGUUGAAGACACUCGAGGGAGGUUGCAAGUCACUCAACCAAUGCUGAAUUCUGAUCUUUACAAUCCUAAUCUGAUUCAAAAGGAGAGAGAUCUGAUCUUUGAAUUAGAGAAAUGGUCUAACAUACAUGAAGAGGUGCUGAGGCAGAAGUCUAGGGCUGUAUGCAACAUUGCAAAAGAUGGGUAUUGUCUCAAUAAGGAAGAGCAACACGGGCUGAUUAAACCAGUGACUAAGGAAGAAAUUCUACAAGCUCUGAAUGAUCUACCAGCUGACAAAGCCCCCGGGGGAGAUGAUUUUCCUGUUGAAUUUUUCAAAGCUAACUUGGAUGUAGUGGGAGAUGAUGUUAUAACAGCUAUCCUUCAGUUUUUUGAGAAUGGAAAGAUACUUAAGGAGAUAAACAAUACAACCAUUACAUUGGUGCCAAAAGUCCCAAAUCCUACUCAUGUCAAGGAGUUCAGGCCUAUUGCAUGUUGUACGACUCUGGCUGAUAAAAUAUCUAUUCAGUUGAUGAUGAAGGCAUUUGAACAUUUCUCUGCAGUCUCAGGCCUUAAAGCAUAUAUGGAGAAAAGUUCUUUGUAUAUAACAGGGGUGGAUCAACAGUUGCAGAACCAAAUCUACGAUGAAAUGCACUUUGCAGUGGGAGAGAUUCCUUUCAAAUACCUUGGUGUCCCCUUAUCUUCAAAAAAAAUAACAGUUCAACAAUGUAUGCCACUGGUGGAGAGAAUGAUUGCAAGGAUCAGAUGUUGGACUACCAAAUUUCUGUCAUAUAGUGGCAGAGUGCAGCUUAUUAAAAGUGUCCUUUUUGAGAUCCAAACAUAUUGGUCGCAGAAUUUCCUGAUACCAAAGAAGAAUAAAGCAACCAUAUCAAAAUUGCUCUGGGCUAUCACAGCAAAGAAAGAUACCCUCUGGGUUCAAUGGAUCCACAGUUUCUAUAUUAAAGGUAAGAGCAUCAGUACUAUGGAGACACCUAAGCAAGCCUGUUGGCUUGUUAGGAAAAUCUUUGAUGCAAGGAAAUGGUACGGGAACAAUGAUUUGUGCACAGAAUUACAACAACUCACUCAUACUGGGAAGUUCGUGAUCAAGAAGGCAUAUAAAUACCUACUUCCUCAAUAUCCUAGAGUUAUAUGGAAAAACCUCAACAUGAUUCCAUGUUCUGUACCAAAGUAUCAAUUUAUACUUUGGCUUGAACUUCAAAAGAGACUCAGUACAGCAGACAAAAUGGCUAAAUGGGGAAUACAAGUUCCUAGGAACUGUGUAUUAUGUAGAGCUGAUGCUGAAGAAACACAUACUCAUUUGUUCUUUGACUGUGAUUAUUCCAAACAGAUGUGGAGUUCUUUCUUAUGCUGGACAGGAGAAAGCAGUCAAGUAGGGACCUGGGAGGAGGAGAUUGAGAGACUAACGACCAAACAAUGCAACAGCAAAACUCAUGCAGAGGUACUAGGAUAG